GCAUACACACACACUCGCUGGAGCAGCGUCUUUGUGUUGGUGUGUGCGUGCUCUGCAUGUGCAGUUAUACACAAAAGGGUGAGCUAUUUUUACCUCCCUCCCCUCCCCUCCUCUCCAUCGCCUCCUCAUCCCUCUCUCCGCCGCUGCUGCUAGCCACAUUUGCUAUGCUGAGCACAGGCGCUAUCAGUCGAGCGCCAACAUCUCUCCAACUCGCUCACAAGCGAACACACACACUCACUCUCACUCACACACACCAGCUGACGAGCGCUCCCUCUGAAUCCCGGCUUAUUCUUUAGCUCCGUCCGAGCAUCCCUGCAGACGCGCCUCAGCGUUUGCUGCUCAUGGAUCAGGAAGCAGCUCAGGGGCUCGGAGGUGCACAGCGGCAUGUGCUCUCCACCGUGCAGAUGACCUGAAGCCCCUCUCUCUCUCUCUCCCUCUCUUUCUCUCCCACCUUCUCUCUUUCUCUCUCCGACUGGUUUUAACCGCCUGAUUAGCAGGUUUGUGGCUGGAAGCCCGGCUCAAUGCUGCGGACCAUCUUUGAAGCAGAAUGCUCUCUUUCUCCCACAGAGGGAAUCCUGGGAAAGGAGCCGCCGCUGGAGGUCCUCAAGACGUCGGCGCUCAACCACAUCCCAACAGUGGACAUCAACUCGGCGCUGCCCUUGCGUCUCCCCCCUGCAGCCAUCCCCAUGGAUCUGCGUGUGGACCAUAACCAGCAGCAAGUGAGCUCGCACUCCCCUCCUGCUCAGCACUCGCCCGGUGGCGGUGGCGUAGUGGCGGCCUCCGUGCGCGAGCAGCAGCUGCAGCAGGAGCUUCUGACCCUGAAGCAGAAGCAGCAAAUCCAGAGACAGAUCCUCAUCGCUGAGUUCCAGCGGCAGCAUGAGCAGCUCUCCCGCCAGCAUGAGGCCCAGCUCCAGGAGCACAUUAAGCAGCAGCAGGAGCUCCUGGCUCUGAAGCACCAGCAGGAGCUGCUGGAGCACCAGAGGAAGAUGGAGAACCACCGUCUGGAGCAGGAGCUGGAGAAGCAGCAGCGGGAGCAGAAGCUGCAGCUCCUGAAGAACAAGGAGAGAGGACAGGAGAGCGCCGUGGCGAGCACAGAGGUGAAGAUGAGGCUACAGGAGUUUGUCCUGAACAAGAAGAAGGCUCUGGCCCAGCGGGGCAUCAACCCAGGAGGCCUCGCCAACGAUGCCCCCUACUGGUACCGCAAAACGCAGCACAGCUCAUUGGACCAGAGCUCGCCUCCGCAGACCGGCGUGUCCGCCUACAACCACCCGGUCCUGGGAGUCUACAACCCCCGGGAUGACUUCCCUCUGAGGAAAACCGCCUCGGAGCCCAACCUAAAGCUGCGCUCACGGCUGAAGCAGAAAGUGAGCGAGCGUAGGAGCAGCCCUCUCCUCCGCCGCAGAGACAGCCCCAUCACCACCGCCAAGAAACGCUCACUGGACAUGGCAGACUCGGCGUGCAGCAGCGCCCCCGGCUCCGGACCCAGCUCCCCCAACAACAGCUCCAACAACAUCCCUAACGAGAACGGCAUCGCUGUGUCUGUGUCCAACAGCACGGAGGCAUCUCUGGCCCAGAGGCUGUGCGGUGGUGGCGGCGGGGGGGAGCCGGGCUCCGUCAGCCAGCUGUCUCUCUACACUUCACCGUCCCUCCCCAACAUCACCUUAGGGCUGCCGGCCACGGCCACGGCUGCCUCCAGCGUCACCUCGGCUCAGCAGGAUGGGGGCCUGCAGCCAGCCCUCUCCCUUAGCCCCCCCUUCCUGUCCGGAGCCCACCUGACCUCCUACCUUGGAGAUGCUGGAGCAGGAAGCGGCGGAGCCCACAGUCCGCUGCUCCAACACAUGGUGCUGAUGGAGCAGAGUCCGGCCCAGAGCCCACUGGUGACAGGGGUGAGCGGCCUCUCCAUGUCACCAGCAUCCAUGGCCAAGCUGCAGCGGCAGCACCGGCCCCUGGGGAGGACUCAGUCGGCACCGCUGCCCCAGGGCAGCGCGGCCCAGGCCCACGCUCAGGCUCUGGCGCUGCAGCAGCUCGUGGUGCAGCAGCAGCACCAGCAGUUCCUGGAGAAGCACAAGCAGCAGUUCCAGCAGCAGCUCCACCUCAACAAGAUGAUCGGGAAGCCCAGCGAGUCACCCGUGGGUCGGCAGCACCAGAGCCACCCGGAGGAGACAGAGGAGGAGCUGAGGGAGCACCAGGACGGAGGAGUACUGCCGCUGGGGGUCACCAUCAAGCAGGAGCCCCCAGACCCACAGGAGCUGCAGGAGGAGGUGCUGCAGCAGCACCUGGAGAGACAGGUAGAGCAGGAGCUGCUCUUCAGACAGCAGGCUCUCCUACUGGAGCAGCAGCGGAUUCACCAGCUCAGAAACUAUCAGGCAUCGAUGGAGGCGGCCGGUUUGUCCGUCUCCUUCCCAGGACACCGUCCCCUGUCCAGGGCCCAGUCGUCUCCAGCUUCAGCGUCCUCGUUUCCUCUCAGCGUCCCUACAGCUGAUCCUCCCGUCAAAUCGCGCUUCACCACAGGUCUGGUGUACGACUCCCUGAUGCAGAAGCACCAGUGCAUGUGUGGGAACACCAACAGCCACCCGGAGCACGCCGGGCGGAUCCAGAGCAUCUGGUCUCGGCUGCAGGAGACCGGGCUCAGAGCGCAGUGUGAGUGCAUCCGGGGGAGGAAGGCCACUCUGGAGGAGCUGCAGACUGUCCACUCUGAGGCCCACGUGCUGCUGUAUGGAACCAACCCGCUCCGACAGAAACUUGAUUGUUCGGUAACACCCAUGUUUGUACGGCUCCCGUGUGGAGGAGUGGGGGUGGACAGUGACACCAUUUGGAAUGAGGUCCACUCGUCCAGCGCCGCUCGCCUCGCCGUCGGCUCGGUGGUGGAGCUGGUUUUCAAAGUGGCCACUGGAGAGCUGAAGGAUGGUUUUGCCGUGGUCCGCCCUCCUGGACACCAUGCAGAGGAAAGCACUCCCAUGGGUUUCUGCUACUUCAACUCGGUGGCCAUCGCUGCCAAACUGCUGCAGCAGAGACUCAGCGUCAACAAGAUCCUCAUCGUGGACUGGGAUGUUCACCAUGGCAACGGCACCCAGCAAGCCUUCUACGAUGACCCUAAUGUCCUCUACAUCUCCAUUCAUCGCUAUGACGACGGAAACUUCUUCCCAGGGAGCGGAGCUCCUGAUGAGGUGGGCAGCAGUCCUGGAGUGGGGUUUAACGUUAACGUGGCCUUCACUGGAGGCCUUGACCCCCCCAUGGGAGAUGCAGAGUACCUGGCUGCCUUCAGGUGUGUGGUGAUGCCGAUAGCCAACGAGUUUGCUCCGGACAUCGUUCUGGUGUCCUCAGGCUUCGACGCCGUGGAGGGACACCCUCCACCUCUGGGUGGAUACACUCUGACGUCCAAAUGUUUUGGCUAUCUGACCAGGCAGUUGAUGACCCUCGCCGGGGGUCGUGUGGUCCUGGCGCUGGAGGGAGGACACGACCUCACCGCUAUCUGUGACGCCUCUGAGGCCUGCGUAGCCGCCCUGCUCGGCCAGGAGCUUGAUCCGCUGCCGAAGGCCGUCCUCGAACAGAGGCCCAACCCCAACGCCGUCCGCUCUCUGGAGAAAGUCAUCGAGAUUCACAGUAAAUACUGGCGUUCGGUGCAUCGCUACUCUACACGGCUGGGAUUGUCCCUGCUGGAGGCCAAACGAGGAGACUCGGAGGAGGCCGAGGCUGUCAGCGCCAUGGCGUCUCUGUCAGUGGCCAACACCAACACCAUGGAUCACAGGCCCGAGGAGGAGGAGCCCAUGGAGGAGGAGGCUCCGCUGUAACGGAGGCCGGCGUGAGGGCAUCACAGCGUUACCAUUGACCUCUCCGGAGAAGAUCCUCGACUGACCCCUUCAUUUAGUCCCCCUAACCCCACUCACCACGUCAGUCACCUUGAUUGGCGACCCCUCGUCCCAAAACGAGGGAGAGGGGGGUGGGCUCAGCCUCAGAGUAGGGAGCCAAUCAGAAGACAGAAGACUGAAAUGGGGAAAAAAAAAACUAAAUUAACGGCGUCGCUUGGCAGCACUCGCUCAGAGACUCUUUUUUUCUGUCAGUCUCCACACCCCCCCACGUUAGCCCACGGCGGCUAACCGAGUGAUCACUGCAGCAGGCGAGUGUGUUUGGAGCGGGGGGAAGGGCGAGAUCAGAAAGGCGUGGAAACAUACGGUGCUUUACGCAGCUGCCCUCUGACCUGGUUCAGUCAGGACACCAGGGACAGCAGACGUCCCCAGCUGUCUGGACGCAGCUUGGGGUUUUCUUUUCUUACCUUGUUUCCCAACAAAAUGGGACACGGCGGCGGCGUUUUACCUAGCCGCGUUCACUGUGGAUUCCUGUUUCUCCCGACAUUUGAGGAGGCUUUUUAAACAAAGAUUUCGACUGUCACCUCUGCUGAAGGUUGACAAGUGAGAGGAGUGCCUUGGUGAGGGUCCGCCUGAUUUCAGGAUUGUUCAGGAAAAGGUUGCCUUAAAGUUUAAAGAAUCGCUGAGAAUUCAUUUGGAAGACGGGAGGAAGACGCAGAACUUGAAACGCUAACAAUCUUACAGCAUGUUUACUUGGAACGUGACACAGACAGCAUUUAUGUCGCUCACAGCCUCUCUUGAAGAGUUACUUUACUUUUGAAUGGAUCUAUUUUUCUGUAAAAAAAUAACAAAAGAGAGAGAAAGAAAAGGUAGUUGCCAGCUUCUGUAGAGAAACUAAAAGGUGCAAACAGAAAAUCAAUUUGAUCGCAAACUCUCAAAAGCCUUUGAUGUAGCUUCCCUUUAACCGAAGUCAUGGCUUUGCCUAAACAAAGUAUGCAUCUGAGCCGAGAACGCAAUUGUACCGCUAGAUUCAUGAAUGUGAUCCAAAAGAGAAAAGCCAAGCAAGAAAAGCCAAAGCAUGAGUUUGCAUUUAUACGGUUUCAUUCCUCCUAGCUGGCAGAUAUUUCUCGUAUUGGCCCUUUAAACAUGAAGACUCCCAGUACACUGGUUCAAUGUUUACCGAUUUAAACCGAUCAGCUGAUCGUUUCUUUACUCGUACCGAUGGGCUGUUGGCAACUACCUUAGUGUGAGCUGGACAUUAGCCGUGUAUAGUGAAUAUAUUUUGACAGUAAUCGAGUAUUGUCGGUUUGUAUCUUCAUGUUUGAUUUCCACAUCAAGUUGUUGAUAUCGUGUCCAUUUUUUUUAUUGUUGUUGUUGAUGUAUAAGAUUAUUUUUUUAACUUUUUGUUCCCAUUCAUAGAUUUUGUUCUGUGUUUUUAUCCAUUUUCUGGAUAGUUCUAGGGCUGCCGUUCACACACUCCGUCGUUCCUUCUUGUAUUUAUCAAAAACAAGAAGCAACGCCUUUUGUUCUUUCUUUCUUUCUGUGGCUCCCUAAGCCUUUCAGCAUUUUCAUCUUGUAUUUAUACCACGUAUUGUUUAUAGGAGAUUUCUAUAUGGAACCUUUAUAAAUGUACUCUUACCUAAUGACAGCUAUGAUAUUGUGAGCAAAAACAACCCACCACCCGGUCUGGUCGUACUCCAUCGAAGAAGAGCGGUGUAUUAAAGGCGACCGCACUGUUUCGGAACCAUUGCAUGGCACCGCGGUCGACAUUACACAUCUCAUCACUCUGUUGCCUAAUCGACACAUUCUCCUCCCGUGCAUGGGGUGACGCGCACUUACCUUUUGACUGUGACGACAUCCAUAAAGAGGUUUUAUGUAGCUGGCUGGGUUUUAUUUGAUGGACAAAGACAGAGAAGGAGACGUGGAUGUCGCAGGGAUUGUCGAACCCGUUUCAGCCACAUCGGUCCGCCUCAUUCACGUUUCCUUCUCCAUUUUCUUUGGGUUGACUUUUAAUUUAACAUCAUGUUUAAGUUGAUGUCAUUUUAUAAACUUGUAGGAUUUAUGUUGAUGUUUUAACAAAACAUUCCACUUGUUUGAUUUGGCUUUUUAAAAAAGUGACUUUUUUGUAAAGCAAAAAACGACUUUUUGCUGUCUGCUCGCGCCAACUUUAACUCUUUGCAUGGUUUGUGAGUCAGCAUGCCUGCUUGUCUUUGUAAAAGAAAAAAAUUCCAAUGUAUUUGCACAAGAGAAGAACACUGGAGGGACUCGAAUAAAACCUCCCAAGCGCACUAGCUGGGGAAGGCUUUUCUUCCUCUCUGCUAGGUUAAGAGACUUGUUCAAAUGACUCUACGGAGAAGCAUUUGAUAUUUUGAAAAAUCCAAUUUUAACUCGAUUCAGCACUUAUGGACUGUGUUUUGAAAGAGACGUGCUCUGCCAAACCUCAGCUACAAUCACAUCUGUAAAAAAAAAAAAAAAAAAAAGACUCCCAAAGAAUGCUUAAAAAUUUUCCAGCUACGACAGAUCGGAUCGUUUGAGAAGCAGCUUGGAGGUUGAAAGGGCAUUGUCGUUUGAUUGUCACAUCCACCUCGGCCAGUUCUCUACGGAUAAAUAUAUAACCACUGUGGCUCAAGAGCAAAUCUUGGUUUACAUGUAAAUGGAUUAAAAAGUUAUUUUUUGUUGUUUGUCUCUAAUGAUAAGAAAUGUUCUUUCUUUGGGACCUACGCUUUGGACAUUUCAUCUCUGACACCAUCUAUAGAAUAUAUUUCUGAAAAUUAAAAACAUGCUUGUCUUGUG